AUGUCCUCUGUCAAUGACACGGCCUCAGCCUUGUAUCCUUCUGCCUUCCUUCUGCUGGGUGUCCCAGGUCUAGAAGUUUUCCAUGUGUGGAUUGCUUUACCUUUCUUUGUUCUUUAUCUGAUAGCACUUGUGGGGAAUUUCACAAUCCUAUGUGUGAUCACGACUGAGCAGAGUCUCCAUCAACCCAUGUUUUACUUUCUUGCUCUUCUCUCUUGUAUCGAUCUGGGCCUGUCCACUUCUACCAUUCCCAAGAUGCUAGGUAUCUUCUGGUUCGACCUUCGGGAGAUCAGCUUUGAAGCCUGUCUCAUCCAAAUGUUCUUCAUCCACACCUACACUGGCAUGGACUCAGUUGUGCUCGUGGCCAUGGCCAUUGACCGCUCUGUUGCCAUCUGUUACCCGCUAAGGUACACCAGUAUUCUUACCAACAAGGUGGUGGCCAUCAUGGCCUCCAUUGUAGUGGGCAGACUGGUCCUCCUUGUGGUUCCCUUCUGCCCUCUUCUGAAACGGCUGCCCUUUUGUGGACACUACAUCAUCCCUCACACCUACUGUGAACAUAUGGGCAUUGCUCGCCUGGCCUGUGCCAGCAUAAGGGUCAACAUCAUCUAUGGUUUAUUCACCAUUGCUGCGCUGGUCUUUGACUUAAUACUUAUUGCUCUCUCUUAUGUUCAGAUCCUCCAAGCUGUUUUCUGCCUUCCUUCCAGGGAUGCCAGAAGCAAAGCACUUAGUACAUGUGUUUCCCAUGUCUGUGUCAUCUUAGCAUUUUACACUCCGGCGUUUUUCUCCUUCAUGACACACCGGUUUGGUAGAAAUGUUCCUCCUAAUAUCCACAUUCUUCUGGCGAAUCUGUAUGUGGUUGUACCUCCCUGUUUAAAUCCAGUUAUUUAUGGGGUCAGGACAAAACAAAUAUGGGAAGGAGUUGUAAAAAUAUUUGUAAAGAAAGAGUAA